AUGUUGAAAGCACUUCUUCUGGUCAGCGUGGCUGGCUGCGCGCUAGCAGUCGUUGUUAUAACUAAUGACACCGAGCGUCAACAAAAAGUCCUCAGCCUUCUGGAGAACAUACAACAGGAGAGGACGGAUGCUGACUGGUGGCGUAUUGGCUCCGCAUACGAUGUAGAAGCUAACAUCAACAAAUACACUAAUAAAAAGGCCGUCGAGGAUUUCCUGCAAUACUACAAGAGCGGUUUCAUGCCCAAAGACAAGACAUUUUCUAUGUCUAAUGACCGAAUGAGAGAGGAAGCCAUCGCUCUCUCCAGGCUCUUGUACUAUGCUGGCGACUUUAAUACCUUUAUCAGAACCGGCGCGUUAGCCCGAGUGCGUAUCAAUGAUGGGCAAUUUCUCUACGCAUUCUACGUUGCCAUCUAUCAGCGUCCAGACACAAACACUUUGGUGCUCCCUUCUCCAUACGAGACGUCCCCUCAGUACUUCGUAGACACGAAGACUUUGCUAGAGGCCUAUCGCGUAAAAAUGCAGAACGGCACUGCCUUCCAAAACGGCACCAUCAACCGAAACGGCUAG